UGCCAGCACAUUGCAACAGUCAUAACGCUUCAGAAGAUUUUAUCUGAUCCAGCCCUCUCGCAACCAUAGUCCCCACGACAGACGCACCACCACCACCAUGGACAAUGAACCGCGCAGAAAUGCCCGAUUUCCGAAGAGGUCCGAAAAAAGGUACGCCUGGCGGAGAUAUUUGUCGAUGCAGGAACCAGAGCCGCAGUUACUGCAAAACAUUGGAGCCAGCACGCUUUGGGCCACAGUUGCAAACAGGGGAGUGAUUAGAGUUGCAUUCGGCGCGGUUUGGCGCGGAUUUUGCGGCUUCGCUGUGCCACUCUAAGUGGUUGCAGAGCUUACAAAAUACCAGGAAGCAGUGGAACUCACAUUUUAACCACCAUGUUCUUGGAAGUCUUGUGGGAGAAUUGCCCUGAUGGUAAGGCCAUCAUCAUGUCUGUUCUCGCAAAGGUUGAUUCUGGAUUUACAAAGGCAUUGUCAACAUCUGGCUACGAUGAGAUUCGCAUCCUGGUUGACGGUCCCUAUGGUUGUUCCAUUAAUGCAAACCCUUAUGCUGGGGUUACAAUAAUGGCUACAGGUGAGGGCAUUGCUGCGCAGGCUCGCAGCUACCAUACGUGAAGGAACUUCUAGAGUUCCAGGCUUCCAGCGGUCAACCAAGGAUACUGGAGGAAGACAGAAGAUUUCACUGAUAUGGCAGCUUGACCAGGAAUACCACGAAGAUUGGAUCUGUGACUGGAUGGAUCAGCUUCUCAAUGAAGAUUCAGAGACGAUGGUUCUUGAGUUUUCAUUAUAUAUCUUAAAUGUGAUGGCUCAACACCUCAACGCCGCUUUGUCGAUAUCAAUCGACAAACGCCCUUAUCUGGGCAAGCAAACAGAGAGAGCACUAGCGCGGCGACACCAUUCAGAUAAAACCCCUUUCUUCCUGUAGAUAGAUUCCCUUUCUUCUUUUCUCUCCAGAUUCGAUAUUCUCGUCG